CACAUAUCAUCCUUCCUUUUCCUAUAAUCGAAGGAACGAUCCCACAAAUCCGUGACACACCGAUAAAAAUACUAGGUACACAGCAACGCCCAAAUUAAAAUUUCAAAUAAAAAAAAGCUCAUUCUCCGCACCAACGAAGACGCCUCAGGUGAUAAAGAACGAAAUGGCGACCGAACCCCUUCUACACGAUUCGAUACUCGCCCUCGAGAACGACACGUGGAAAGCAUUAAUGGAAUCGGGAGCAGCGCUAUUACCAUUUCUCAGUCGAGAAUGCGUCAUGUUCUUCCCCAUGGGUCUCAAAGUGUCGCACACCACGGAGCCGUGUCUGAAGGAGGUUCUCGAGAGCGAGGCAUUUGUCCCAUGGAGGCGGUAUCGAUUGAGCGAGGUUCAAGUGACGCCGCUGGCAGCGGAUGCCGCUUUGAUCACUUACCGUGUUCUGGCAACGAGGCAGCAUAUCACAGAUGAUGACGAUGAGUCGCAGGAUGAGUUCCGGGCAUUGAUAUCGACCGUUUGGAGGAAAGAUCCUGAGGCAGGACAGUGGUUGAUGUCAUUUCACCAGCAGACGCCGUAUCAGGAAGAAUUGGGCAUUUGAAGUGAAGAGGAAACUGGCCUUUAUCACAUCCAUGAUUUUUUGAAUGGAAUUCAACGGUAACGAAUGAUGUAUGAAAUGAAAUGCGAGAGUUUUGACACGUUGACAAGGGCUGGUAGAAUUGAUGACUUGCAGCUGCUGGCAGUUUGAACUGUAGGUAGGUGGUUUCUUUCAUCCGCUGAUUUGUAGCAGUCUACUUGCAUGUG